AUGAAUGUAACUUCUCCAAAAGAUGAGAUUCAUAGAUUCUCUAAGAAAAAAGGAUUUAAUACAGGUAGGGCACGAUUUCAGAAAUUGAGUGGGCGUCCGCAGGACAUAAAUGUGCCCGAAGAUCGCGAUUCAAUCGUCUCAAGUAAUACGACUACAAUAAUGACGGAUGAUGCGUCCGAUUAUAAUGGCGGCAGGAGAUCGCAUGGCAAAAGCACUGAUUCUGACAGUGACGGGGAAAACAAUAUUACCAUAAAAAAGAACAACUCCAAUCAUAGAAACACUGGAAUUAAUCCAUUCUAUAGUGAGUCAGCUAUUAGCCGGCGGUAUACGCAGUUCAAACAAAAAGAGAUUGAACCAACGUUUGCAGAUAAUGAAAGCGUGAGGUAUUCAUCGGAUGAGGACAAAGUGAAGAGUGACGAAGUGGAUAAUAUAGAGAAUGAACUUCAGUUCACACCGAGAAUUAAAGAACCCGGUAUGCUCCGUUCAAUUUUGCUGAAACAAAGAACUGCUCCCAGUGCGCGAAGUUCCAUUUUGAAAGAACCACAGGUUAAUUUCAAACCGACCACGAACAAUAAGAGACCUUCGCAGAGGAAAUCUAGCGCGGCACUUCGAAAACAACUAGGAAAACCGCUACCGCUGCCGUACUUGAAUGAUACUAAUGGCAGUACCACCUUUGCAUUAGAUAGAAAAGAAGGAGUGUUUACAGACGAAGUGGUUCAAAAGAAGAAAGAACUGAUUGAAUCGAAAUUGCAUAGACUUCUUUUACACGACAAGAAAAUGGUAGAAGAAAAGCUAGAAGGGUUGAGAGAAUAUGAGCGGAGAAGAAUGCCGUCACAAGGGAAUGGCAUCUCUAGUCUUCAACAAGACAAUUCUUUCAAAAUAUCAACUCCGACAAAGUCAUACGUUUCUUUAGAGGGCACUUCCUUGCCUUGUAUUCCCGGUAUAAAGACUCCCAUUAAUGUUCUAGGAGAUAAGGGGAAAAAAGAAGCGAAAAACGACGUGCUACAGUUCCAAUGGCAGCGGGAUCCGUUACAAAAGCUACAGUCUGAGAUUGAAAUGCACACUGAGAAACUUGAUAAGAUAUUAAAGUUGCUCAAAGAUGACGCCAAGUCAGUGGGAGAAAUUGAAGUGGGAAAUGAUCGCAAUGUAGCUCUUGGACAGGGAAACGACGAGAGGUGGUGGAAGAGCGUGAUGAUGAAUUUUAGAGAAUCAGGAAAUAUUAUCAAGGCAUAUAAAGAAUAUUUCUUAUGGACAAUUUGUAUUUUAAUAUUGUUGUACUGCAACAUAUAUGUGUAUUAUAAACUUUAA